GGGGUCUGGGCUGGGUUUCUGUAAAGCACUUUAUGUCAACAGUGACAUAAACAUCCAUAAUUAUAUGUGUCUGUCCCCUCUUUAUGGUUACCAGGACAACGCUAGCCCAUCCACCCUCUCGGAGUCCCCGUGUCGUGCCUCUCCCGGUAGCACCUUACUACUGGGUAUGAAGAGGUUGUCUGUGCAGCUGGUGGACUGCAGGAAAACAACGGGGCUGAGUGGAACUGUGAGAGGAGGAGGAGAGAAGAAAGGAUCAGAUUUGACACAUCAUAAAAUUGACCAGGAGAGUGACACAGAAGGAAUGGAUGAGGACUCUGUGAGUGACCACAGUUAUGAUUCCAGCGCGGAAGAAAUGUUUUUGGAAGGAAAAGAUCCACUUUUAGACCAUGGCACUGAUUCCGACUGGGAGCCCCCAGCGCCAACUUGUUCAUCCAGCUGGACCCCUGCUGUCUCUGGGCCAUCUACAGGUGUGAAGGCACCGACAAAGAAGCGGAAGAGGGGAAGUGUGCCACCUGCUAACAAAGGGACAGAAGGGCGUUGGCACACUGUCCUAGAAGAUGAUGUGGAGCCACCCCAACCAACUUUUCGGCCGAAAAGGAAGCCAGGACCUCAGGUGAACUCGACCACAACUUACAGCCCCCUUCAGCUUUUUCAGUUGUUUUUCACACAAUCCGUUGUAGAUUCGCUCGUGUCGAACACGAAUAAGUAUGGGAAGAAGAAGCAGGCAGGCAAAAAGGUAGCAUGGAAGCCCAUAUCCAUGUCAGACUUUUUCUGCUACCUUUCACUGGUCAUCUACAUGGGGAUGGUGAAGCUGAAAAGCCUGACGGACUACUGGAAAACGUCAUCCCUCUACCAACUACCUUUCCCCAUGACUGUUAUGUCCUGCAAAAGGUUUCUGGGUCUUUCACAGGCGCUUCAUAUCAGUGACCCAAAGGUUGAUGAAGCGAAUGACAAGAAGAGAGGCACAGCAACGUUUGAUAGACUGUGCAAAAUCAAACCUCUCUACUCCAGCAUUGUUGAGGCCUGCAAGACGUACUUUCAGCCAGCCCAGAACGUGUCAAUCGAUGAGAGGAUGGUCGCCUCAAAGGCCAGAAUUGGCCUCAAACAAUACAUGCGAAACAAACCAACCAAGUGGGGUUACAAGCUGUUUGUGUUGGCUGAUUCUGUGUGUGCUUACACAUGCAAUUUCUUUGUCUAUGAGGGGAAGAACAGUUUUGCUACCGGUAAGGGACUUGCCUAUGACUCUGUAAUGGAGUUAUUGGAUUUUCAACUGCUAGGGAAGGGCUACAAACUGUUUGUGGAUAACUUCUACACAAGUCCUACCCUGUUUGCAGACCUUAGGAAUCGGGAAGUGUGGGCUUGUGGCACCAUUCGUACCAACAGGGUGGGCUUUCCGAAGACGAAGGUGAACGACAUGCCUGAGCAGGCUGAGCGGGGGACCAUGCGAUGGAUCCGUGAAGAUGGCCUGCUUUUUGUGAAGUGGAUGGACACCAGAGAGGUGGUGAUGUGCACAACAAUCCACAAGUCCUUCAGUGGGGAUCAUGUGGUCAGACGUGUGAAGGAUGGUGCCGGGGCAUGGACCACCAAAAAUGUCCCCAUUCCAGCUGCAGUAAAGGACUACAACAAGAGCAUGGGAGGUGUGGACCUAUCAGAUGCGCUGAUAGGCUAUUACAAUGUUCUGCAUAAGACAAUGAAAUGGUACAAGACCUUCUUCUAUCAUUUCGUCGACAUUGCUGUGGUGAAUGCAUUCAUCCUACACAAAGAAAUGGCUAAGAGCUGUGGAAAGCCCUUCCUCUCACAGAAAGCCUUCAGAGAGCAGCUCAUCAAGGAGCUUGCUGGCUACAGCACCACUGCACCACACCCUGUCCCUUCUGCUCCUGCCACAAGUGUUCAUCUGCCCAAAUAUAUUUGUGCAGGCAUGGAUGUGCCUAAGGGCCAAAGGGGCACAGCAUGGAGGCGUUGCUGUGUUGUUUGCAAGAUGAAGUCCCCCAUCACCUGCACCACAUGCUCGGUGACCCUCUGCUUUACAUCAGAAAGAGACUGCUAUGGAAUCUGGCAUCAGCAGCAGAAUAUUGUGUAGAGCUUUGGCAAAGUGGGUGGGGUUAUCCUUCCUGUUUGGCCCUGUCCGGGGGUCUCAUCGGAUGGGGCCACAGUGUCUCCUGACCCCUC